AUGGACAUAGGUUCAGCACUAGAGAGUGAUUAUCCAAGAAGACCUGCGAAGAAGAGGUCUCAUACAAGAAGGGGUGCCCAAGAUUGUGUCAUCAACAUGGCCGAAGCAAGAAGAGAAAUUGCUCAUUGUUUACACCUCCAUAGAUCAUCUUCAUCUUCGUCUUGUGUUUCAAAAAGGGAUCCUACCGAUUUCUUAGGUAAUAAUUACGGUAACCCAGACAUUAAUUUUAAGUCUUUUUUUGCCAGUAAUUCUCAGUACAAUUGCUAUUCAUUGAUGGAUACUUUGCCAACCCCUGAGCCUGUCUGGUCUACUACUACUACAACAGCGGUUUUUACAACACCACCUCCGAUGGAAACUACAGAAUUUGAGUGGGGAGACAAUCAAGCUGCUUCUUAUAGUUGGUGGCUAGGGUUUUUAAAGACCUUGGAUGGUAAUAGUACUACUACUACUACCCCAGGUGUAAAAGAUGACACAGAAAUGAGGGAUCCUAGAGUGUUUGGUCAGUGUGAGAUUAAUGUUUCAGGGCUUGGAGAAUCAAGUGACCAGCUUAGCUCAUCUACAGAUGAUUGGUUGAUGUUUCCAAAUAAUGAAGAUCCAGGGGAGAGGCAAGUCCCCUAA